GCGCGCGCGCCCUGCCUCGGUUUGGUUUCCGCCGCGCGCCGCUUUUGCCGCGAAAAAGUUGGCAGCGGGUUCCGGUGGGGAGCGAGAGGAGCAGCAGCCGCGAUGUCCGGCUUCGACGACCCCGGCAUUUACUACAGCGACAGCUUUGGGGGAGACGUGUCCGUGGACGAGGGGCAGGUUCGGAAGUCGCAGCUGCAGAAACGGUUCAAGGAGUUCCUGCGGCAGUACCGGGUGGGCACGGACCGGACCGGCUUCACUUUCAAAUACAGGGAUGAGCUCAAACGUCACUAUAACCUGGGGCAGUACUGGGUGGAGGUGGAGAUGGAAGACUUGGCCAGCUUUGAUGAAGAUCUUGCGGACUAUCUGUACAAACAGCCAGCAGAGCACCUGCAGCUGUUGGAAGAAGCAGCAAAAGAAGUUGCAGAUGAGGUCACUCGUCCUCGUCCCUCAGGGGAGGAGACUCUCCAAGACAUCCAAGUGAUGCUGCGGUCGGAUGCCAACGCAGCCAACAUCCGCAGCCUGAAGUCUGACCAGAUGUCCCACCUUGUGAAGAUCCCUGGGAUUGUAAUUGCAGCAACCCCUGUGAGAGCCAAAGCCACCAGAAUCACCAUUCAGUGCCGCAGCUGCCGCAACACCAUCAGCAACAUCGCGGUGCGCCCAGGCCUGGAGGGCUAUGCUCUGCCCAGGAAAUGCAACACAGAACAAGCUGGCCGCCCAAGGUGCCCUCUGGACCCUUAUUUUAUCAUGCCAGAUAAGUGCAAGUGUGUGGAUUUCCAGGUCCUGAAACUGCAGGAGUCCCCAGAUGCUGUGCCACACGGGGAGAUGCCCCGGCACUUGCAGCUCUACUGUGACAGGUACCUGUGUGACAAAGUUGUCCCAGGGAACAGAGUCACUAUCAUGGGGAUCUACUCCAUCAAGAAAUCUGCACAGAGCAAGAACAAAAGUCGGUACAACGUGGGGGUGGGUAUCCGGAGCGCUUACAUCCGCGUGGUGGGCAUCCAGGUGGAUACGGAGGGCUCAGGGCAUAGCUUCACUGGCUCGGUGACCCCUCAGGAAGAGGAGGAGCUUCGUCGCCUCGCUGCCAUGCCCAACAUCUACGAGACCAUUGCCAAGAGCAUCGCACCCUCCAUCUAUGGCAGCACGGACAUCAAGAAGGCCAUCGCCUGCCUGUUAUUUGGAGGCUCACGCAAGAGGCUCCCGGAUGGGCUGACCCGCAGAGGGGACAUCAACUUGCUGAUGCUGGGGGACCCUGGCACGGCCAAAUCACAGCUGCUGAAGUUUGUCGAGAAGUGUUCGCCCAUUGGGGUGUACACCUCAGGAAAAGGCAGCAGUGCUGCUGGCUUGACAGCCUCAGUGAUCCGGGACCCUGCCUCCAGGAAUUUCUUCAUGGAGGGAGGAGCCAUGGUGCUGGCAGAUGGAGGAGUGGUGUGCAUCGAUGAGUUUGACAAGAUGCGGGAGGAUGACCGUGUGGCCAUCCAUGAGGCCAUGGAGCAGCAGACCAUCUCCAUUGCCAAGGCAGGAAUCACAACCACUCUCAACUCACGCUGCUCGGUUCUGGCAGCUGCCAACUCUGUCUUUGGGCGCUGGGAUGAGACCAAGGGUGAAGAGAACAUAGAUUUUAUGCCCACCAUCCUGUCCCGAUUUGACAUGAUCUUCAUCGUUAAGGAUGAGCACAAUGAGGAGCGAGACAUGACACUGGCCAAGCACGUGAUGUCCUUACACGUGAGUGCCUUGACGCAGACCCAGGCCGUGGAGGGCGAGAUCGAGCUGAACAAGCUGAAGAAGCUCAUCUCCUUCUGUCGGACGAAGUGUGGCCCUCGGCUGUCGGCAGGGGCGGCGGAGAAGCUGAAGAACCGCUACGUCCUGAUGCGCAGCGGCACCCGGCAGCACGAGCAGGAGAGCGACCGCCGCUCCAGCAUCCCCAUCACUGUCCGGCAGCUGGAGGCCAUUGUGCGCAUUGCUGAGUCCUUGGCAAAGAUGAGGCUGCAGCCCUUUGCCACCGAGGCAGAUGUUGAGGAGGCCUUGCGGCUCUUCCACGUGUCCACACUCGAUGCAGCCAUGUCAGGCAACCUGUCAGGGGCAGAAGGCUUCACGACACAGGAGGACCAGGAGAUGCUGUCCCGCAUUGAGAAGCAGCUGAAGCGCCGCUUUGCCAUCGGCUCCCAGGUGUCCGAGCACAGCAUUGUCCAGGACUUCAUGCGGCAGAAAUACCCAGAACAUGCCAUCUACAAGGUGCUGCAGCUGAUGAUGCGGCGGGGUGAGAUCCAGCACCGCAUGCAGCGCAAGGUCCUGUACCGCAUCAAAUGACCUCCCUGUCUCGGCUCCAGGAGGGAACUGCUGCUGCCCUGAAAGAAGCUUUACCUUGGGGAGCCAAAAAGCUCCAGGCCUCCAUCCUGAACCAGGGUUUGGGGUGGUCAGGGUGUCCCUUGCGUGCUCUGUUGUUGUGUCAUGUCCAUGUUUCUUUGAACUCCAAAAGCUUUUAGUUUGUAUUAAAAUAAAACCUGAUACUGGUA